AAUGAAGUCUUGUUUUAUAAAUUAAUGUUAUUGUUUUAAGUAAUUUGUCAGAAAAUAUACAUAACUCGUAGACCGUAUGUCAAUAAUUGACAAUAGAGUUGCUACAAAAAUCACCUUUCCAGUUUCCUUUGACAUUUUCAAUCUUGGGACACGCGAACGUAGGCAGAGUUUUGCUUCUUUUUUAUUAGUGAUGUCUCGGAGAAAAGGAUAUGAAGAAACUGACAAACUCACUCGUAUUGCGAUCGUGAACGCCGAUCGUUGUAAGCCAAAAAGAUGUAGGCAAGAAUGUAAAAAGAGCUGCCCUGUGGUACGUAUGGGUAAGCUCUGUAUUGAGGUGACGCCUAACGACAAAAUCGCCACAAUAUCCGAGGAGCUUUGCAUUGGUUGUGGUAUUUGUGUCAAGAAAUGUCCAUUUGAUGCCAUAACAAUCAUCAAUAUACCUUCAAAUUUGGAAAAACAUACUACUCACCGUUACUCCAAGAAUUCAUUUAAGCUCCAUCGUUUGCCAAUCCCCCGACCUGGUGAAGUGCUUGGUCUUGUUGGACAAAACGGUAUUGGCAAGUCUACUGCCUUGAAGAUCCUUGCUGGCAAACAGAAGCCCAAUCUAGGAAGAUUUGCUGAUCCUCCAGACUGGCAAGAGAUUCUAUCUCAUUUCCGUGGUUCUGAACUCCAGAAUUAUUUUACUAAAAUUCUUGAGGAUGACCUCAAAGCACUAAUCAAACCGCAGUAUGUGGACCAAAUCCCCAAGGCUGUGAAAGGAACUGUUGGACAGUUGCUUGAUAAGAAAGACGAAAGGAAAAACCAAACCGAAAUAUGUAAAAUGCUUGAUCUCUCUCAUAUUCGAGAUCGUGAAAUUUCGGCGCUCUCCGGUGGAGAACUGCAACGUUUUGCUUGUGCAAUGGUGUGCAUACAAAACGGUGAUAUCUUUAUGUUUGAUGAGCCAUCUUCUUAUCUAGAUGUUAAGCAGCGUCUUAAUGCUGCCCGGACUAUUCGUUCACUUAUAGAUCCUGACAAGUUUAUCAUAGUGGUGGAGCAUGAUUUAUCAGUGUUAGACUAUCUGUCUGACUUCAUUUGCUGUCUGUACGGUGUUCCUGGUGCUUAUGGUGUUGUCACUAUGCCUUUCUCUGUGCGAGAAGGUAUUAAUAUUUUCUUAGAUGGGUUUGUUCCCACCGAAAAUAUGAGAUUCAGAACUGAAUCUCUGGUAUUCAAAGUUGCAGAAUCUGCUACAGAAGAAGAGAUCAAAAGAAUGAACCACUAUGAUUAUCCAGAGAUGACCAAAACUAUGGGUGAUUUUCACCUCAAAGUUGUACAAGGAGAGUUUUCAGACUCCGAAAUCUUAGUGUUACUUGGUGAGAAUGGUACUGGCAAAACAACAUUUAUCAGAAUGUUGGCUGGCAAUCUGGAACCUGAUGAAGGUUCCAACCAACUGCCACAGCUACACAUUAGUUAUAAGCCACAGAAAAUAUCUCCAAAGUCGCAGGGGCAAGUUCGUAACUUACUACACGACAAGAUUAGAGAUGCUUACUCACAUCCUCAGUUCAUAACGGAUGUCAUGAAGCCAAUGAAAAUAGAGGAGAUAAUGGACCAGGAGGUGCAGAACCUGUCUGGUGGUGAAUUGCAACGGGUAGCGCUGGUGCUGUGCCUCGGUAAACCUGCUGAAGUCUACCUCAUUGACGAGCCGUCGGCCUACCUCGACUCCGAGCAGCGUCUCGUCGCCGCUAAAGUUAUAAAACGGUUCAUCCUCCACGCAAAACGCACAGGCUUCGUAGUGGAGCACGAUUUCAUAAUGGCGACAUAUCUAGCUGACCGCGUCAUCGUGUUCGAAGGCACGCCCUCCACGACCGCAACUGCGCACGCGCCGCAAUCCCUCCUAAACGGCAUGAACAAAUUCCUCGAGCUACUCGGCAUCACCUUCAGAAGGGAUCCCAACAACUUCCGGCCUAGGAUCAACAAGCACUCCUCCGUUAAGGAUAUAGAACAAAAAAGGGCAGGCCAGUAUUUCUUCCUGGAGGACUAGAGCGUCCUGGAGCUAUUGUAAAGAAAGCAUUCGCUACUCAUGUAUAAUAUGAUAUCAUAAUUCAGUACUGUUGUAUGUCACAAUACUGAUGGCAGACCAUCUAUGUAUUUUCAAUUAAAUGUAUUAUGUAACUAUAUAUAAUAAAUCGGUUUUAUACAAUGUU